AUGUUCAACUUCUCGAGCCUUGUGCAGAAGGCCCAGUCAUUCAUUGACCCCACCCAAGCCCUCAACAUCUCUCCCUCUGACCGCAAUCCUGCCAAAUCUACUCUCUUCCGCCAUCAGUUUCGUCUGCCCGACUCCCAGACCCCUCUGCAAGAAAUCACAGCGGAGAUCACAAUCUCCCCACCGGUCGCGUACUCCCCGAAUGCAACACAAGGCGAGAAGGACAAGGACCGAGACAGAGGGUACCACUAUGAGGGAAAACUGCACCUGAGUGAGGCCUACCUGUGUUUCUCAACACAGCCCACUAGCUUCCUGCAGUCGGCGAGCACAAGCACAUCUUCUGGCUUUACAGGACAAACACAUGGUGGUGGACCGGGAGGAAACGGGUUCACACUACCUCUGUGCGCUAUCAGACGUGUGGAACGGUUGCAUAGCCAACAGUAUCAGUUUGCAUUGGCGAUUACGACCUGGAACGGCCUCACCAAUAGCCCUACGAACGAUGCCGCCAAGACCCCUGCCCCACAACAGAAAAUAACAAUACAGUUGGCUGGGACUCGACAAGCUUGUGAAAGAUUCUGCGAUGGGCUCAAAAAAGGCCUCAAGGGUGGCGUAGGUGAUGUAGGGAAGCUGAAGAAGGUCGUCGCGGAAUGUUAUUCUGAGUAUCUGCUGCAACCAGGUGAAACCAAGAAAGAUGGGAAGAAAGACAGUGUUCCUCCAGAUGCUGGGCUGGGAAUGAUAUUUCGAUACCCCGGUGAUCACAAAAAGUUGAGGGAUAGGAGCAAGAUGAGACUAUGGGGAGAAUAUCUGCGAGACUAUGGACGAAAUGUUACAUUAAUUCGACAACCGACUUUUCACAAACUUAUCCGCGUCGGUCUGCCAAAUCGACUGCGUGGGGAAAUAUGGGAACAGACAUCUGGAUCGCUAUUUUUGCGACUAGAGAACCCUAUGUUGUUCGCAGACACUCUGGCAAAGUAUGAAGGUCGCGAUUCUCUCGCGAUCGACGAGAUCGAAAAAGACCUAAAUCGAAGUCUUCCCGAAUACCCCGGGUUUCAAAGCGAGGAGGGUAUCGGCCGGCUCAGAAGGGUUCUCACAGCAUACAGUUGGACCAACGAAGAGGUGGGAUACUGUCAAGCUAUGAAUAUUGUGGUUGCGGCGCUCCUUAUAUACAUGUCCGAAUCCCAGGCGUUUUUCUUGCUAUCCACCCUCUGCGAUCGGCUACUCCCGGGAUACUACUCAACAACCAUGUACGGCACUCUACUCGACCAGAAAGUAUUCGAGUCUCUGGUUGAAAAGACUAUGCCAAUCCUUUGGGACCACCUGGUCAAAUCCGAUGUUCAGCUCUCCGUUGUAUCACUUCCAUGGUUCUUGUCACUAUAUAUCAACUCCAUGCCUUUGGUUUUUGCCUUCCGUGUUUUAGAUGUUUUCUUUUUAGAAGGUCCAAAGGUACUGUUUCAAGUUGGUCUGGCUAUUUUGCGUAUAAAUGGAGAAGAGCUUCUAGACGCUGCCGAUGACGGAGCUUUUAUAUCGGUUCUGAAGUCAUACUUCUCGAAAUUAGACGAAUCAGCGCAUCCAAAAUCCGAAAACGCCAAAUUACGAGCCGUCACACGUUUUCAGGAGCUCAUGGUUGUAGCAUUCAAGGAAUUUUCUGGUAUCACUCAAAACAGCAUCACGGAGCAACGUAUGAAGCAUAAGAACAGUGUUUUGAACGGCAUAGAAAGCUUUGCUAAGAGGACUUCGAUACGAAACCUUGGACCCGAUAGCAAGCGACUUAGUGUCGACGACCUUGGUUCCUUGUAUGACCGAUUCUAUGGAGUGCUAUAUGAGCGCCAGCAACGAAGUCAGAUCAUAAUGGAGGAGACCGAAAGACGGGACAGGGCACGAAGAGCCAAGGCUGCAGAGGUUGUGACAGGCUUAUCUGAAAAUCAAGUUGUGGAGAAAGGACGGGUAGGACUCGGACCAAGUCCCACGCUCAUGGAUUAUGACGGAUUCCGAGAGUUCCUUGCGGGUAUGGCCAGAUGGGCGAUUACAGAUUCGCCAAGUCCUCCCGGGAAAGAUAACACUUCAGAAUCGGAAAAGCAUUCUUACUUUGGCAACAGCGUCAGACGACGAGAGGUUUCACUUUCACCCUGGGGUCCUGGGAAUCCCGAACCGGCUGACCACGAGUUUAUGCAACGAUUAUUUCGACGUUGGGACGUGGAUAUGAAUUCGGCUUUGACCCUUCAAAAUGUCGUCACGGGACUCGCGCAUAUAAAGGGAAAGGGGGAUAUCAUGGGCAGUAUCACAUAUUUCUUCGAGCUUUACGAUGAUGAUGGAGAUGGAAAAGUGGACCGCGAGGGAAUUCUACGCAUUUCGGAAGCAUUGCUUUUCCUCUCGCGUCGGGGUCUAGAGGGCUCUCUUACUCCAUCCAGCUCAAUGACAGGCUUGAGCGAGUACGAGGCUGACAACCCCAACCCCUAUCAACCGGAAGGCAUGCAAGGAAAUACAAACGAGCGAUUCUUGAGUAGCGUCAGUGCCUUCAUCAGGCGUUGUUUUGAAUAUGCGGAUCCUGAUCAUCCACAAAACAAGGUGACCGAGGUCGAGGAAUCGGCUUCAGACGGCUUGGCUGAUCCCGAUUCUUUCGGAAUUGGUGAUGACAGCGAUGAAGAGGAAGAUCUUCUAGAUCUUGGCGAUUCUGCGCCUGUGCGGGGCAAGAAACCGACUGGCAUUCCAAGUAUACCCGCUGCAUCAGAUAAGUCGGACAUUAGGAAUCGUAGCGUGUCCAAGGCCCAUGCGGAAGCUGCGAAUGCUGCUCUCGACCCGUCCAAACCUCUCCAUAUUACGCUACCCACUUUCCGCAUGGUCGUACUUGCCGAUGAGCUCCUCGAGCAGUUCUUUGAAUCUUCGUUUCCAGCUUCCUUCCGCAUAUCCGACAAGAUGGUCGCGGCCGCCUCAUCAUCGGCUUCUAGCCUCACCACAUUCUCAAACAUUGGCUUCGGACGAUCAACUCCUCAGCCCAGUGUCGGCGGUACCAGUUCUGCCGGCCUCGUGCCACCUGGCAAAGGUCUACGCGGCGUUCUGGACAACAUUGUCACGGAUGGUAUGCGUGUUGCGGCCGAGGUUCGACGGCGCAUGGACGAGGCCCAGAAAGAGCUGGAGCAAAACGCCGUCCACAGACCCGAUGAUGACGAGGACGACGAGGAAGGCUACGAUGAACCUCGGACGCCGGGUGGCAAUGCAGGACGCACUGUUCGUUCUGAGGAUAGAGAUCUUCUAGAAGGCGCGGACGCAGAGGCAAUGAGCCUCAGAGGGCAGGAUGGUGUCUCUGAGGUGAAACAACAGGAUUCUCUGACCCCGACUGCUGGUCGUUCUCGGAGCGCGAGCGUUGUGUCUUCCAAGGUUAUAGAGUUUGAGCGUUGA